AUGGCCGCCACGGGCUACUGCCCCGGCCUCCGCCGCACCUCGCCGCCGGCCACUCUCCGGUGGCCAAAAGCGGGCGGCGCUGCCACCAAACGGCCCGCCGCGUCGAGCCAUCCCUUUCCCCCCUGCGCGCUCGGACGUGGCGGUGGCCAAGGAGCGCAUGGUGGACAUCCUGGAGGCCGCGGUGGAGGCAACGGCGCUCGUGGCCGUGGCCAGGGCCGCGGUGGCGGCAAUGGAGGUGGCAACGCCCACGGCAAUGGAGGCCGGGGGAAUGCUCACGGCAAUGGAGGCCGUGGCCAAGGGCGUGGCGGCGGCAACAACAAUGGUGCACCACGCCCCGUCUGCCAGAUCUGCAACAAGGUAGGGCACAUUGCCCUACGCUGCUACAGCCGCUUCGACCACGCAUACGGCGGCGAGGAGGAGCACUCCACCAACCAUGCAGCUGCCUACCAGGUUGACACCAACUGGUACAUGGACUCUAGGGCUACCGACCACAUCACCGGCGACCUAGAUCGCCUCCACAUUCGCGACGGCUACAAUGGCACCGAUCGCGUGCAGGUCGGCAACGGCGCAGGAUCUGGUGUCGAGGAGAACGCUGCUUCGCGGCAGGUGUAGGGGAGGCCUCUAUCCGAUUGAGGCACAAGAAAUAAGCGCCCUCAAGUGUGCCAUGUUCACCGCUAGGAUUAGCGAAGAGCAAUGGCAUCGGCGCCUAGGACAUCCAUCAUCUCAAGUAGUUCAAUCCAUUUUGAGACUUUACAAUUUAUCGUUUUGUAAUAAUUCUGAGCAUGCAAAUAUUUGCAAUGCCUGUCAACUUGC